CUCUGCGCUUUUCCUCCCCCGCCUUUUCGCGGCUGCCGCGCUCAGUCCUUUUGUCCAAGAUGGCGGCCCGGGGGGCGCUGCCUCUUCUUCCUGCUCCUGCUCCGGCCCCGGCCCCGCCGCCGCCGCCCCCGCGCCGCUGCCCGGUCGCGCUGUGAGGGAGGGGGCCCGGCCAGGCCCGGCCGGCCUCGGCACCAUGAAGCGGCAGAGCGAGCGCGACUCGAGCCCGGGGGCCCGCGGGGCGUCGUCGUCGUCAUCGUCGGCGAAGCGGCCCCGGGAGCGGGAACGGGAUCGGGAUCGGGAGCGCGGGGAGCGGGAGCGGGAGCGGGGCGAGCGCGGGGAGCGGGAACGCGGCGAGCGCGGGGAGCGCGAGCGGGAGCGCGGGGAGCCCGACUCGAGCGGCGGCGGCGGUGGCGGGAGCCGGCGGGCCACGCACAAGAGCUCCGGCUCUGGCCCCGCCAAGCACCAGGCCCCAGCCCGCGCCCGCGAUAAGCCCCGCGGCGGCAGCAGCAGCAGCAGCGGUAGCCACCGCGACGGCCGCGGCUCCGGGGACUCCAACCACCGCACAGGGGGCGGUGGCGGCGGCGGCGGCCGCUCGGGCAGCGGCAGUAGUGGCCGCGCCAAGGCCGGCGGCGGUGAGUCCGGCUCAGCGUCCGCCUCGUCCCCCGGGGCGUCCCCACUCCUGCUAUUGCCGCCGCUCCCUGAACCUCCCGCACCCGCCCCAGCCCCGCCGCCGCCACCCGCACCCGCCCCUCCACCGCCGCCACCGGAGUAUAAAACUCUGCUCAUCAGCAGCCUGAGCCCGGCGUUGCCUGCUGAGCACCUGGAGGACCGCCUCUUUCACCAGUUCAAGCGCUUCGGGGAGAUCAGCCUGCGCCUGUCGCACACCCCGGAGCUAGGCAGGGUGGCCUACGUGAACUUCCGACACCCACAGGACGCUCGAGAUGCCCGGCACCACGCCCGCGCCCGCCAGCUCCUGCUCUAUGACCGGCCGCUCAAGGUGGAGCCUGUGUACCUUCGGGGGAGCAGCAGCAGCAGCCGUCGCAGCAGCAGCAGCAGUGCCGGAGCCGCAGCCACCACGCCGCCGCCCGGGCCCCCCGCCCCCGCCGACCCCCUGGGCUACCUGCCCCUGCAUGGUGGCUACCAGUACAAGCAGCGCUCCCUGUCCCCCGUGGGCGCACCCCCUCUGCGAGAGCCCAGGGCCCGGCACGCAGCCGCCGCAGCUGCCUUUGCUCUGGACGCUGCAGCAGCAGCUGCGGCAGUAGGCCUCUCCCGGGAUCGGGCCCUAGACUACUAUGGGCUGUACGACGAUCGAGGCCGACCGUAUGGCUAUCCAGCAGUGUGUGAGGAGGACCUGAUGCCGGAGGAUGACCAGAGGGCCACCCGAAACCUGUUUAUUGGCAAUCUUGAUCACAGCGUGUCUGAGGUAGAGCUCCGGAGGGCCUUUGAGAAAUACGGUAUCAUUGAGGAGGUGGUGAUCAAAAGGCCUGCCCGGGGCCAAGGGGGAGCCUAUGCUUUCCUCAAGUUCCAGAACCUGGACAUGGCUCACCGGGCGAAGGUGGCUAUGUCAGGGAGGGUGGUGGGGCGCAACCCUAUUAAGAUUGGCUAUGGCAAGGCCAACCCCACUACUCGCCUGUGGGUGGGAGGCCUGGGACCCAAUACCUCUUUGGCUGCCCUGGCCAGAGAGUUUGACCGCUUUGGGAGCAUUCGAACUAUCGACCAUGUCAAAGGAGACAGCUUUGCCUAUAUCCAGUAUGAGAGUCUGGAUGCAGCCCAGGCUGCCUGUGUCCAAAUGAGAGGCUUUCCUUUGGGGGGGCCAGAGAGGAGGCUCAGGGUGGAUUUUGCCAAAGCUGAGGAGACCAGAUAUCCCCAACAGUGCCAGGCUACACCACUCCCGGUGCACUAUGAGUUACUUCCUGAGGGAUAUACCAGGCACCGAAAUUUGGAGGCUGACCUGAGGGUCCGAGAUAGGACUCCCCCACACCUUCUCUACUCAGAUCGGGAUAGAAGUUUUGUGGAGGGCGACUGGGCCAGUCCCUCCAAAAGCACAGAUCGGAGAAAUAGCUUGGACAGCUACAGCCGCUCUGUGCGAAGUCGCAGUGGAGAGCGAUGGGGCAGUGAGGGGGACAGAGGCCCCUCAAAGCCCUGGGAAGAAAGGCGAAAGAGGAGGAGCUUAUCCAGUGAUCAUGGGCGGACUACCCACUCACCUUAUGAGGAGAGGGGCAGGACCAAAGCCAGUGGGCUGCCCUCUGAUCGAAGCCCUGAGAGACCCCGAAGAGAGAACCAUACCAGUGAGUCUGGAGCAGAGAAGGAGUCGAGCAAUUCCCUGCCCAACAACCGGCAUGGAACAGAAGAGAGAGGCCCAGACUCUCACCAGGUGAAAAAGAGAGACAGCGAACGCAAUCACCGAACCAGCGAGGUAGAAUCGAAACCCCUGGAAGAGCCAAAACCUGAGACCAAAAAGCUAAAGAGUCUGUCUGAGUAUGCUCAGACCCUACAGCUGGGCUGGAAUGGGCUUCUGGUGUUGAAAAACAGUUGCUUCCCCACUUGUAUGCACAUUCUGGAGGGGGACCUGGGAGUGAUCAGUGGCCUCCUCAAAGACCAUGCUUCAGGGAGCAAGCUGACACAGCUCAAGAUUGCCCAAAGACUUCGACUUGACCAGCCUAAACUGGAUGAGGUCACUCGGAGAAUCAAGCAGGGAAGCCCCAAUGGUUAUGUGGUGCUUCUGGCCACUCAAGCUUCUCCAGGGGGGCCAGGGACAGAGGGGACCCACACUGUGGAGCCAGGUUUGCAGCGGAGGCUUCUCAGGAAUCUGGUCUCAUACUUGAAACAGAAGCAGGCUGCUGGGGUGAUCAGCUUGCCAGUGGGAGGGACCAAGGGCAGAGACAACACAGGCAUGCUCUAUGCCUUCCCUCCCUGUGAAUUCUCCCAGCAGUACCUCCAGUCUGCGCUGAGGACAUUGGGGAAGUUAGAAGAAGAGCAUAUGGUGAUAGUUAUAGUAAGAGACACUGCCUAGCCAAAACCUGGCUUUUCCCAAUCUUGUGUUUUCUUUAUGUCAUGAAAAGUUAUUUUUAAAGCCAACUCUGCUCUUGAUUUGGCUUUUCUGCCCAGUUAUUAUGAUUGGUUUGGUGAAGGCCAAAGCCCCCUCCACCAAAACUCAAUUUUUUUUUAAUGCCCUUUGAAGGUAUUCCCAUUUUAUUGAUUUCUAAUGUAUGAAACACUUUCCAGUGUGUUCUGUAUUUUAUUUUAACUAACUGUAUGGAAAGUUGUCAGUAAAGCCUUUGUCCAAGGAUCAAUUUUUAACCCUGUGCAGUGUACUGGUUUAAUGAAGUCCCCUUUGAAUUAAUGGAGCAUGUGGCCCUUCCCUCCCACUAAGGUUUUCCCACUACAUGUACAGAUAUCCCUUACACACACAGCUUUCCCACAGUGGCGUCUUCUUCAACAGAGAAGUAACAGCGCCUGAUCUACUUUUGGGCCUGUGGUGUUUUCACUUCAAUUUCUAGGUUUGGUGACUAGCAUAGAGCAUGCAGAACCCAGCACUGAAACUUCUUUGUCUAUAGGAAAACCUGUACACUGAGCCCUUCUCCCUAGAACAUUUACUAAGGCCUGGGUGUGUCUUACCACUUAAAAAGCUGCUGCUCCUUCUCCCACCUAGUUUGCUUUAAGGAAAUAUAGCUGUCGUUCUGAUGUACUAAAUGGUGUUGCAUUAACUGCCUCAUUUCGUGACCUUAAAGAAAGCAGGCGAUGCUUUUUACCAAUGUGUUGGUGAACCUAGUAGAAAUGUUAACAACCCUCAGUCACUCUCCUGUGAUCUGUUGCUUGGGGGAAGUGAGGAAAGAAUUCUUUAGGUAGCUUAUUGCCAUGCUCGGGCUACCUUUCAAACUAGGGACAACAUGAGCACCAAAGACACAUCAGCUUCCUUGGUUACUUUUGCUUUGGGAACAGACUGGGCUGUGAAGGCAAAAGGUAGCUAUUCUGUUUAUAUAAGGGGGUGUGAACUCCAGGGAUUAACAAAGGUUUCAUGAGGAAUCCUUGAGCUAUAGGUUCAGUGGGAAGAAUCUCAUUAAAUUAAAUCUCAUUGUGUAUUCAGUUGGCUCUCUGGCCAAAGACUCGCAAGCAUCCGACGAGCUUCUGCUAAGAUAAAUUAGGGAGGGUAGAACUCAGAACCCCUCCUGAGUUUCUGGGCCACAGAGAUGCUGGUUUUCCUAAUGUGAGUUCAAGAAGGGACAUGGCAAGUAUCUAAAAAUUCUAUUCAAACCACUUCUAGCAAUUCAGCAGCCACUGGGAAGCAGGCAUUCAGGAAACCUGCUUGUGUAAGACUGAACCAUCUACUUCUAGCCAAGUCAACUGCCAGCACUAAUUAAACCUGCAGGUUCCAGAGCCAUGUGCCAAACACCAGGAGACACAAAUGCCCCACCUGGCAGCUUAUCAUUGAGACCCAAGGCAAAAGGAAACCACUUAGAGCAAUGGCUGGGAUUGGGGGAUAUUUGAAAGUCUUUUUAGUCAGUAAGUCUGUGAUUAAAUGUUUUCUUUAAAGCA